GCUAAGGUUACAACUUAGCAUUCCAAUCACAAUUCUCUCUAUAUCCUUAGUGAUAUAGAGCCAACCAUUUUUAUCAACACAAUUAGAUCCUCAUACUCACUUAUUUUCUCAAUUUUUUUUUUCUUCUCUUAUUUUCUCCCUCUCUUUUUCUCACUUUUUGAGCUAGCUAUUCAAAGUUGGUGUACAAGAAGCAAGAGCAAAUUGCAACUGUUCUUCCUGAGAUGUCUGGUGUUCUUCUUUGGGUGAGUUGUGGACCCAAGGAGAACCCCAUCUCCAUUGUUGGUGUUGCAGGGAGAGGUGGGAGAAGCCAGAGGAGGUUUGGACUGUGCAAUGGGAUAAACUUUGCAAGUUUUUCACCUGCAGUUGCAGACCCUUCAAGAUCCUCUGAGGAGAGGGUCUAUGAGGUGGUGUUGAAGCAAGCAGCACUGGUUAAGGAGCAGAAUAAGGGUACAAAGAGAGCUCUUAAUUUGGACAAGCCAAUAGAAGGAGAUUUGACCAAUGGAGAUCUGUUGAGUGCUGCUUAUGAUAGGUGUGGUGAAGUCUGUGCUGAAUAUGCCAAGACAUUCUAUCUAGGCACACAAUUGAUGACCCAAGAGAGAAGAAAAGCCAUAUGGGCCAUAUACGUGUGGUGCAGAAGAACAGAUGAGCUAGUGGAUGGUCCCAAUGCGUCUCACAUCACACCAAAGGCUUUGGACAGGUGGCAGCAAAGAUUAUAUGAUGUUUUUGAAGGACGCCCUUAUGAUAUGUAUGAUGCUGCCCUCUCAGAUACAGUUUCAAAGUACCCAGUUGAUAUACAGCCAUUUAAGGACAUGAUUGAAGGGAUGAGGCUGGAUCUAAGAAAGUCAAGAUACAACAACUUUGAUGAACUCUACCUUUACUGCUACUAUGUUGCUGGGACAGUUGGCCUUAUGAGUGUUCCAGUAAUGGGAAUAGCACCAGAAUCAAAGGCUUCAACAGAGAGCGUCUACAAUGCUGCAUUAGCACUUGGCAUUGCUAAUCAACUUACCAACAUUCUGAGAGACGUUGGAGAAGAUUCUAGAAGAGGAAGAGUAUAUCUUCCACAAGAUGAAUUGGCACAAGCUGGGCUAUCAGAUGAGGACAUUUUCAGAGGGAAAGUAACCGACAAGUGGCGCAAUUUCAUGAAGGGCCAAAUACAAAGAGCAAGGAUGUUUUUUGAUGAGGCAGAGAAGGGAGUUUCAGAGCUAAACUCUGCAAGCAGAUGGCCAGUGUGGGCAUCUUUGUUGUUGUAUAGGCAGAUCCUAGAUUCUAUUGAAGCUAAUGACUACAAUAACUUCACUAAAAGAGCAUAUGUAGGAAAAGUUAAGAAGCUCUUCUCACUACCUGCUGCUUAUGGAAGAGCACUUCUUGGCCCCCAAAACUUAACCAAAAUGGUUACAAGAAAGGUCUAAAGUUGUUUCCAUUGAGCAUCAAAUUGUUUGAGCUUGUAAAUUCUGUUCACUAGAAAUCACAAAGCUAUAAACUCUUUAGUUUUUUCAAGUUUUAAUUGUAUACAUCUCUAGUCCAAAAUAUUGAAGAGAAAUCCAUUCAAUUUUCA